AUGGCGUACACUUCGUUGACUGAGGCUCCUCACAACCUCAAGGAGGGUAUUGAUUGGUUGAUCGCCCUGAGAGGAACUGAUGCUGAAAAGAACUUGAAGGCUCUGGGCGAGGCGCUUUACAAAUUCCUCGCAGACAAGCCCAUUGGCAAGAAGGAGUUGCCGGCUCUCGAGGAAGUUAAACGUAUUUCUAAAGAGUUCAUAAAUAGCCCGGCACUUAAUUAUAUAUGGCCCGCCAACGAGCUGUUGAGGAGAUUCAAUAAACCUCUGAGUAAGGAGCAUCCUGGCUUUUUCGCUAGUUGCUUUGGAGGUAGACUCGAAAGCGACUAUGCGAAUGUCGUGCAGACCAAGAAUCUCACUGCUGAGACUAUCGCAAAGAAAUUAGGUAAAGUCUUGAAUGGUUGUGAGAAGUUCUUAGAAAAAAUAAAAAGUCCUGAUGAGUACAAGUCUUCUUACAGUCCAGAAGCGACGUGGGAAGCGUCAUGCUCGAAAAACCCGGAGGCUUGUGCAGUGGUCCUGGUGGGGAUCGCACCUAUGCUGUACACGGGUUUACGUUGUUUGCGCAAGGCAAGUCAUGACGAAAUCUUGAGAGGGGUGACGUUUGCGGCAUGUUCUAGUCUAGCAAGUGUAUUGAAAGCUGUGGGUUACGAGAGGUCGGAAUGCUGCGCUAAAAUUAGUGGUUCUUAUGUAUUGAAGGCGGUGGAUAAUGUGAAAUUCCAAAUGUUGGUGACGCUAUACGACCUCGCUGGGUUCUGGGCUUUCUAUUGA